GUACUGCUACUGGAGGCGGAUCAGUGUGGUUUGUAUGAGAUCAGGCUGCUGACAGUUGCAGGCAACACACGGCCGUGAUCUGCGGUGUCUCCUCUGCUGCUCACACAAAUUCGUACGGACCCAUAGAGGAGGAUGUCUGGGACUAUGAAUAAUCCUUUCAAACAUAUUGUUGAGCCUCUGGACCCCAAGGUCCCAAACCAGCAGUUUUAUAAUCUUUCCAAACUUGGAGAUCCCAGAUAUGACCGUCUGCCGUUCUCCAUCCGUGUCCUGCUGGAGUCUGCUGUCAGGAACUGUGAUGAGUUUCUGGUGAAGCAGUCAGAUGUGGAAAGCAUCCUCAACUGGAAGCAGACCCAGACACAAACUGUGGAGGUACCAUUCAGGCCGGCUCGUGUCAUCCUCCAGGACUUCACUGGUGUACCUGCUGUGGUGGACUUUGCUGCCAUGCGUGAUGCUGUGAUGAAACUAGGCGGCGACCCAGAGAAGAUUAAUCCUGUUUGCCCAGCUGACCUUGUCAUCGAUCAUUCCAUCCAGGUGGACUUUAACAGAAAGUCAGAUAGCCUUCAGAAAAACCAGGACCUGGAAUUUGACCGCAACAGAGAACGAUUUCAGUUCUUAAAGUGGGGCUCUAAAGCCUUCAGGAACAUGCGCAUCAUUCCUCCCGGUUCAGGAAUCGUUCACCAGGUUAACCUGGAGUAUCUGGCCCGGGUGGUGUUUAACCACGAUGGGUACUUCUAUCCUGACAGCCUGGUGGGCACAGACUCCCACACCACCAUGAUUGAUGGCCUGGGUGUUCUUGGCUGGGGUGUGGGUGGAAUAGAAGCAGAGGCUGUGAUGCUGGGUCAGCCAAUCAGCAUGGUUCUACCUGAGGUAGUUGGAUACAAGCUGUUUGGGAGUCCAGACAAGUUCAUUACUUCCACAGACAUCGUCCUCACUGUUACGAAGCACCUCCGUCAGGUGGGUGUAGUGGGGAAGUUCGUGGAGUUUUUCGGCCCGGGUGUGGCUCAACUGUCCAUCGCUGACAGAGCCACCAUCGCCAAUAUGUGUCCAGAGUACGGAGCCACAGCAGCUUUCUUCCCUGUGGACAACGUCAGCAUUCAGUACCUCGAGCAGACUGGGCGAGAAGUGGAAAAGCUGUCUUACAUUACAAAGUACCUGAAGGCAGUGUCCAUGUUCAGAGACUACAAUGAUGUCUCUCAGGAUCCAGAUUUCACUCAGGUUGUAGAGCUGGACCUGAGUAAAGUGGUUCCAUGCUGCAGCGGCCCCAAACGACCUCAGGACAGAAUUCCUGUUUCCACUAUGAAAGAAGACUUUGAAACGUGCUUGGGAGCAAAGCAAGGCUUCAAGGGUUUCCAAGUGGCCCCUGAGCGUCACAGCAUUGUGGCCCCCUUCCAGUUCAAUGGAAAAGAGUAUCAGUUGAGCCAUGGCUCAGUGGUCAUCGCUGCUAUCACCAGCUGUACCAACACCAGCAACCCAUCUGUCAUGCUAGGAGCUGGACUCCUUGCUAAAAAGGCAAUAGAGUGUGGCUUGAGCGUGAAGCCUUACAUAAAGACCAGCCUGUCACCCGGCAGUGGAGUCGUCACCUACUACCUGAAGGAGAGCGGUGUCAUGGACUACCUCUCUCAGCUGGGCUUUGAGGUUGUUGGCUAUGGUUGCAUGACGUGUAUAGGCAACAGUGGGCCGCUCCCAGAGCCGGUGGUGGAGGCCAUAACUCAGGGAGAUCUGGUUGCUGCUGGAGUUCUGUCAGGAAACAGAAACUUUGAAGGGCGUGUCCACCCCAACACCAGAGCCAACUACCUGGCUUCUCCUCCACUCGUCAUCGCCUACGCAAUAGCCGGCACUGUGAGGAUCGACUUUGAGAACGAACCCAUUGCCAUUAAUUCUGAAGGCAAAGAGGUUUUCCUGAGGGAUAUCUGGCCCACACGGGAAGAGAUCCAGGCUGUGGAGAGAAAGUUUGUCAUUCCAUCAAUGUUCAAAGAAGUCUACGAGAAGAUUGAGAAAGUGAAUGAACGCUGGAACUCUCUGGUCGCUCCAUCUGACAAACUGUAUACCUGGGACCCCAACUCAACUUACAUCAAGUCACCACCGUUCUUUGAUGGUUUGACCAUGCAGCUGCAGCCUCCCAGGUCCAUAAAUGACGCCUACGUGCUGCUGAACUUUGGUGACUCAGUCACCACAGACCACAUUUCUCCUGCUGGGAACAUUGCCCGAAACAGCCCUGCAGCACGCUACCUGACAAACAGAAGUUUGACCCCACGUGAGUUCAACUCUUAUGGCUCCCGUCGAGGUAACGAUGCUGUAAUGGCCAGAGGGACGUUCGCCAACAUCCGCCUAUUUAAUAAAUUACUCAACAAGCAGGCACCACAAACCAUUCACCUGCCAACUGGAGAAACGAUGGAUGUGUUUGAUGCUGCGGAGAGAUACCAGCAGUCUGGAGUGCCUCUGCUGGUUCUGGCAGGGAAGGAGUACGGCUCGGGCAGCUCCAGAGACUGGGCAGCGAAAGGUCCUUUCUUACUGGGUAUAAAGGCAGUUCUAGCUGAGAGCUAUGAGCGGAUCCACCGCAGUAAUCUGGUCGGGAUGGGAGUGAUCCCUCUGGAGUAUCUAUCAGGAGACACUGCUGACAGCCUGGGACUGACCGGCAGGGAGCGCUUCACCAUCCUCAUCCCCGAGCAGCUAACACCCCGCAUGAUAGUCGACGUGAAGCUCGACACAGGAAAAACAUUCCAAGUGCAGAUGAGAUUCGACACUGAUGUGGAGCUGGCAUAUUUCCACCACGGAGGCAUCCUCAACUACAUGAUCCGCAAGAUGUCCGAAAACUAACAUGCCAAGUACAACAAAGAAAGAGAACCGUUCUUCUCAGCUACAGUCCAACAUGGCAAUACCAUAGCGAGUUCAAGUAAUGGUGUAAUGACAAAAGAAUGCCGUCCGAGAAUUAUCCAAUUAUUGUUCACGUUUGGUGCCAUUAACAGAGAGCUGAAAAUUACCCUUCCUCAUUUUUGAGAAUGCUGCUACUUCUUAGAAUUACAAAGCAGACUAGCUGGAAUACAUGAGGUGUGAAUAUUUAGUUAUGGUAUUCAAGGUAGGAUGAUGCUUGAUUUUAAAAACACGAUAGGUAAAACAGUUUUUUUCGUCUCCACCAGAUGUCCUCCAAUAUUUCAUUUUCCUAAUAUGAACUCAUUCCUACCUGCUCUCUGUGGGUGUGUGAGGGUUUCAGAGACAGCAGUGCACUACAGCUAAACCAAGGUUUCUUUCAAGGUUUCUACUACCAGGUUUUGAUACAUGGACUAUCAUUCAGUACCACUCAUUGAUACUUGAGUAAAUCAACUUCAGACGGGAGCUUUGCUCUGAACAGAGAAUGGCUCUAAUUUAGAAAAAACUCAAUGGUUGUUUUAUCAGUCCUGACGGGGGUGAGAUUAGCAGAGUGGAAAACAUGGUUUUGGGGAAAUUUGUGGUUGUACAUGAAGUUUUGUCUCUCACAUGCAACAUAGCUCCCCGGCCAAAAUCCAACUAGGGAUGUUGCGGUUACACUGUCUUAACCAUUUGGUUACCAGACGCCUCUCAUUGAUGUAAUUUCUGUUCUAAUUUUUUUUCUUUUUCUUGCACAGUAAUCAAAAGAAACUGAUAAGCAUUAAAGAAGAAGAAUAGUAGUAUCAAUGAAAUCCUAACAAUCCCUACAGUGAUUGGAGAAUAACUGAUAGAUGAUUUAAUAAUAAGUAGUCCUAGUUUACAUCAUCCUGCUAAAUCUGCUCGUUAGAACUGAUGGCCAAAAUUACAUAAAUAAGACCCAAGUUGUAAUAAACAAAAAUUGUUCUUGAAAUAUCAAGGAUUAUGUUGAGAGUAAACAUUCAUCAACUCCACUUACUUCCUUUUUUCCUGGUGCUUUCAACCACAUGUCGUGAUUUUUGUGCCUCCCCACCAGAGACAGAUGUGGCCGGAGGCAUCAUGUUUUUGGGUUGUAUGUCCGUACAUAUGUACCGUUCUCAUGAACAUGAUAUCUCAAGAAUGCCUUGAGGGAAUUUCUUCAAAUUUGGCACACACAUUAAGUGAUUAGAUUUUGGUCAAGGUCAAGGUUACUGUGACCUCACGUCUGUCCCAUUUGCUCUUGAACGUGAUACCUCAGGAACGCCUGGAGGGAAUUUCAUUACAUCUGGCAAAAAACAUCUACUUGAACUCAAGGAUGAACUGAUUAGAAUUUGGUGAUCAAAGGUCAAUAUUCACUGCGACCUCACAAAACACAUUUUUGGCCAUAAAUCAAGAACUCAUAUGCUAAUUACGACAAAGUUUCACAAAUGUCUAAUAAGGAUAAAAUGAUGAGGUGAUGACAUUUUAUAUCCAAAAAGUCCCUAUGUGAAGACAUCAUGUUUCUCACUGGAAAUUAUUCACUAGAAUCAUACGUGUGAAGUGAUAACUUCCAUUUUGCCAGAAAAUACACUUAAUACACUGGAUGUAAACUGCAACUUGACUGGUUGGCGGAGGCAUACACCCAGAGGUGGUAUUUCUACUUUAUCUGUGGAUGCAGUCUGCUCCAACUGAACUAUCUCUGUGACAACUGAGCAAACUUCAUUAGCCAAUAAAGACCAUGAGAUCUGGUUGAAAGCUUCUGAAAAAUCCAGCAAGUUGACCUUGAGUCAGUUUUCUUUUUUUAAGGAGCACUGUUUAUUGGUGGUGAUGGACUAAGAAAUCAUACAAAGUGUGACCUGACUGAGAGAAGAAUAUAAUUCUGAAAUACUGUAUUACAAUAAUGGUUACCAUACAUUGCACAUGUGCUGCAUGACACCAUUGUUACCAUUUCAACCCACUUCAGGUUGUCAGUUUUAUUCACAACCAAACACGUUUUUAAAAAUUCAUGUUUCUUCUAAACCUCUUUUUGCUCUCUGUCUCUCAUUUAAUAUAUAAAAAUACGCCUGUUUGUGUGUUUGUUCAGACAUUCCAUUGUAAAGCUGCUUUUGCCAUUGUGUCAAGUUAAUGUUAUUGACUGCCUUAAUAACAUAUCUGAUCAUCUUGAUUCAAAGAUGUUUGUGUCCUCUUGUAUCUUAAAAGACUGAUUAUUUUGAUUUUGAAGACAAAAUCAUGUUUUUGUUUAACAGUUCAAUUAAAAUCUGUCUGAAUGCAUUAAGCCAUAGAAUACUGAUAAAUAGAAUAAAAAGUGAUUUCUUUUUUGGAA